ACGUCAACAGAACCGAAAGAUCUAAAAUUCGAAUCGAGCCCCGUAAAACGACCCGCCUAACCCCAGAAACGACGCCACCAACUUCCCCCCUUAAUCUUCUCGAGUCUUCGUCUCUUCCGGCGACGCAUCGUUUCUACUCCCAUUUCGCCCCACAAAACCCAAAAUUAGGGUUUUCCUUACCGAAUUCUUCCCCCCAAUUCGCCCAAUUUACAUGUUAUGCCAAGGCCGCGCCUUGUCCGAUCGUACUUGUAGGGUUUCAGCUCGGACCGGCCUGUCCGAUGCCGCCGAUUCGCAAACAUUCUAGAGGAGCGAAAUCGGGUGAAUCCAUGGGGAAUUCGAAGCCUGGGUCCGACCAAGAGUCGUGCUCGAGAUCGAUCAGCGAGACCGUGAACGGGUCGCACCGGUUCACGAUAAAGGGGUAUUCGUUGGCCAAAGGCAUGGGCGCCGGGAAGUACCUGACGAGCGAUACGUUCGCAGUGGGCGGAUACGAUUGGGCAAUUUACUUUUACCCCGACGGUAAAAACCCCGAGGAUAGCAACGCAUACGUCUCGGUUUUCAUUGCUUUGGUUAGUGAGGGUACGGAUGUGAGGGCUUUAUUCGAGCUGACGUUGGUGGACCAGACGGAUAGUGGGAAGGACAAGGUGCACAGUCACUUUGAUCGCGCGCUCGAGGGCGGACCGUACACGCUGAAGUACAGAGGCAGUAUGUGGGGUUACAAGAAAUUCUUCAGAAGAUCACUCCUAGAAACUUCUGAGUUCCUUAAGGAUGAUUGCCUUGUAUUGAACUGCACUGUUGGAGUUGUAAGAACUCGCCUUGAGCAACCAAAGCAAUUUACAAUCACUGUUCCAUUGUCAGACAUGGGACGAGACCUGAAGGACUUUCUAGAUUCUGAAGCUGGUUGUGACAUAGUUUUUCAGGUUGGUGAUGAACAGUUGAAAGCUCACAAGUUGAUUCUUGCUGCUAGGUCUCGUGUAUUCAGAGCGCAGUUUUAUGGACUUGUCGGGGAUUGUAACGUAGAUAAAGUAGUUGUGGAGGAUGUUGAGCCCUUCAUCUUUAAGGCAAUGCUUCUCUUUAUUUACACAGACAAACUUCCUGAUAUACAUGAAGUUAUGGGCUCAUCACCUUUGUGCACAUUCACUGUCAUGGUGCAGCAUCUGUUGGCAGCUGCAGACCUGUAUAAUCUAGAUCGACUGAAAUUGUUGUGUGAAUCAAAGUUGUGUGAAGAAAUCACUACUGAAACAGUGGCGACUACACUUGCUCUUGCCGAACAGCAUCAAUGUCGACAGCUCAAGGAUGUCUGUCUUAAAUUUGCAGCAAAUCCGUCAAACUUGGGAGCCGUAAUGCAAUCAGAUGGGUACAAGCAUCUCGAAGAGAGCUGCCCAUCAAUGUUGGUAGAGCUGCUGGAGACAUUUGCAUCGGUGGAUGACAAUUCUAGUCUUCUGUCAAGCCGGAAGAGGAGUGGUAGCAGCAUAUACGGGCUAGAUUUGCCAGCAGAUGGGGGUGGGACCGUAGCAGAAUCCGCAAAUCCCAAUGGUAGGCGCGUGAGGCGGCGGUAUUAGUGUAUGUAGUUUCCUUUAGGUGCCACAAGCCUGGAAGGAGUGGUAGUCAUGAAUGGCGAUCGUGUAUUUGUCACUUAUCGUCUCUCAUUGUGGUAGGCACUCCUUGUAUAAAGGUUAAUUGUAAUUUCUUAUCAGAAUAUCAGGUCCUGUGGCCGGCACUGUUGUUGGAUGUGAAAUUGAAAUUUGUAUGGUUACGUUGUGCGUUAUGUAGGAUUUGUAGGUAGACUCUCCUUUUCAAUGGAAUGUGAAAUUUAUUAGAGAAAA